AUGUCCACUCUCCUGGACAUCCUGGAGGAAUGGGACGGUGGGUGCUUCUACAGCACAGAGCUACUCGCCGAGGCCUACUCCGUAGCCUUGUUGGCCUUGUUCGAAGCCACGCCGGAGAAAAGGGCUGACCCUCGCGUCAUCCCCUUCCUGGAGGCUGGCUAUGCAGCCGACUGCAUUGAGCAGGACGGCCUCGACACUCAGGCCGAGUUGUGUCUGAAACAUUAUCCGCCUCCAAUGAAUGGAACGGAAAACCGUUUGGAACGAACCAAGCGCAUCACUGCACUGUUACGCGCGGAUGGCUACACAGUUAUUGAGAAAUGGGAAUGUGAAUUUCAGUCUGAUCUCGUCAACAAUCCUGAGGUCAAAGCCUACUUUGAGCGGCACCCUACGACCCGAAGCACCCCCCUUCGACUCAGAGACGCUCUAUCAGGUGGGCGCACGAGUGCACUCCGUUGGUAUCACAAGGCUGACCUUGACAAGGGGGAGAAAAUUAAGCUCUACGAUGUUUCCAGCGAAUAUCCAAACGCCAAUCUUAGAUCUAUUUACUGUCUUGGACACCCCACCAUUUAUCUGGAAGGUGACCCUAAUGUACCCCCUCUUGAUCAAUGGAAUGAGGUUGCGAAAAUAACCAUACUGCCUCCGCGUGACCUCUAUCUUCCUGUCCUUGGCUACAAAGCCAAAGGAAGACUCAUGUUUCCUCUAUGCCGCAGUUGCGUAGAGGAGGACAGUCAAGAGCUUUGUCGUCAUGAAGAACCAGACGAUCGCAAACUUACUGGCACAUGGUGUUCCCCAGAAAUUAAAAUGGCUGUGCAGAAAGGAUAUAAAAUAAUUUCUCUGCAUGAACUUUACAAUUACUCUGAAACCAUGCAAUAUGAUCCAGCAACGGGUAAGGAUGGUCUUCUUUCAGCCUAUGUACGCUGCUUUAUGGGGCUGAAAAUACAGGCAAGCGGUUGGCCGCCGCAUUGUGACUCAGAGGAAAAGAAAAAACAAUACAUAGAAGAUGUCCGGAAUCAUGACGGUAUCUCCGUUGACGCAUCAAAGGUUGAGAAAAAUCCUGCUCUUCGUACUCUCUCUAAACUCAUUCUAAACAGUUUUUGGGGAAAAUUCGGGGAGAAGACUUUGAGAACAAAAACAGUUCUUAUUUACAACUAUGAGGAACUCAUGGGUCUUGUUUCUGACCCAACAAAGACUGUUCAAAGUCUCAUUCCUCUCAGUGAGGAUUGUCUUCAGGUUGCUUGGAAACCUGUUGAAGACGGCGAGGAAUCGCUACCUACUUCAUGCCUCCUUCAUGCUGCUUACACUACCUGUCAUGGGCGGUUACAAUUAUAUCAGUACCUUGACAUUGUUCAGGAAAGAGCCCUUUAUUUUGACACUGACAGUAUCUGCUUUAUAAGCAGAGAAAAUGAACCAGAACCCCCACUAGGAAAUCAUCUCGGUGACCUUACUGAUCAAAUCGAAGAGGAGUAUGGAAAAGGAUCAUUUAUUACAGAAUUUGUGGCGGGUGGACCAAAGAACUACAGCUACAAAGUAGCUGUCGGUGGAGACACAAAAAAUAUCAAAAGCGAUCGAAUAUUAACAUACCCAUUCCAAGACAGAUUGCCCGACUUCCCACUUGAAGUGGUGACACGACCUGCUAGGAAACUCUGGCAGGCCAAAAAUGUCAAACGCCGACGAGUCGAUGUGGCACGCACCGUACCACACGGGUUCAACGCCUACGGGGAUGAAGACGAGGAAGACCAGGAUCUCCUUGAAGCCCUGGACUUACUCAUGGAGUGA